CAACAACACAACAGCUCAUUCUGCUGACCGCAUCUUUUCCUCGACCGCGUGCGCAGAUGCAACAUCCACUUUCGUAAAGAGGAUGUUUUAAACGGAUUUACGUUCAAACAGGGGUUAUAAUUUACAAGUUUAAACUAACGGUGGACUGAAAUAAUGGCUCCUCAACCCCUCAUCAAAUCAAGACAGACAGAAAAAACAAUAAAUGGAAUCCCAACUCAAGUUGUUUGCACUGAAUUCAGCAACUACAUUUUCAUAGUUCUGACACAGUAUGGAAAAAUUGGGACACUUGUGUCAAUAACAUCUGACUCGAGGUCUGGUGACAUCAGUGUACCCAUGUUCACCACCAGAGUACUCUUAGGAAAGGAUGAGCCUCUGACACAUGUCUACGCCAAGAAUGUCGCAGCUUUCGUUUCGCAAGAAUCAGGCAACCGACCGGUCCUGUUGGGGCUCUCACUUAAAGACAACAGUGCGGAAACAAUGAAAACUGUGAAAGAUAUGAUCAAAGGGUGUCAAGUUUGGUAAACAGAAGGUUUAUAUACCAGGCACACUAUUUUUGGAUGAGGACCAGUGACAUGUCUUACACAAAUAAUUGUCUUGUUUUGGCAUAAACCUGAAUUCUCUUUCUUGAACUUAGGUGUACCCAAGAUACUCAUACUUACUCUGCUCAAAAUCCUGUGGGAAUUGAAUGUUAAAACAGAUAGCACUGUCCACUUCACUCCAUUUUCCUCUGUCUUGUUGCUUGGCUUUCAGCUAUAAUAGUUAUUAGUCAAAAUUAUAUAUUUUGUAACUCUAACUUUGGUGAUUUAUAUAUAUAUAUAUAUAUAUAUAUAUAAUCUCAUAAUUAAAUAUUUUUCUCCAAAACACGUUUGCCACAAUUAUUGAAUUAUUAUAGAAAUUCUUAUGAGUAAAUUAUCUGAAGUAUUUUCUCAUUCAUAUUUUAAAUAUUUUAGUACAUCUGGGUGACAAGGCCAUGACCUCCUGUUUCACAGGAGUAUAAAUAAGAGGUAACACACAGGCCAAAUUCCCUUAGGCCCUGUCCUAGUACCCCCACUUGCAGUUUUGCCUAUUUACCCACUUGUCUUCCGUAUUUCUGGUGUUUGGUCACUAGUGUGCAAGUAGACUGAAAACUGCGAGUGUGUGUAUGACUUUUGAUUGCACUUUUGGACACUCAUAGAUUUAAAGAUGUUGGUGCUGGUUGUGACAGAUGUUUUUGUAUUUUCACUCAACUGAAGACUGAUUGUUUUUGGUAGAAUUGACUGUUAUAGCCUACUUAAAAUAAUAAAUAACUGAACAUUUUACCCAUCUUUUCAUUUAUUAAUACACUACUGGUUGUUGGAAGUGUAUUGUGCUGUAGAACAUAUAUAAGUACAAUUGAAAAUAAUUGUAAAAGUUAAUUCUUUUUUACUCAUUUUGAUUUAAUACUUUUCACAUUAAAUUUUUAACUGUAAAAUUGCGUCAUCCAUAACUGCUGUAAAAUAAUCUAAGCAAUUUCUUUCUACUUUGUUUCUCAAUACACUGCAUAAAACUUAAUAAAAAAAUAAAAUAAAUUAAAACUUUA